AACAUCCCUUCAGUCCUCGCGCGCACGGGGCGCGCGGACUGGUUUCGGUCACUUCGGCAGCAAAAGCAGCGCGUGCGCGGGCAGGAGCGGCGGCGAUGAUGGCGGACUGUGUCGGCUUCCAGGCGCAGAUCGCGUCGGUUAUCGAGAUUUUGGCCAAUUCGGCGGUGGCGGAGAUCUGCAAACUGGUGGAGGACGGCUACGCGGCGCUGCGCGCGCAGAUGGAGCAGCAGCGAGACAAGAGCGAGAAGGAAAACGACGCCCUGCGGCAGAAAGUGCGAGAAAUGGACGCGAAGAUGCGCAGCUACGAGCGGAAGAUGAGGAGACGGAGCCCGCGGGAGGACGCGCACAGCGGUCAGCUGAGGCCGGCUGAAGAACCUGAUGACCAUCCGUCACUGGGUCCGCCUCUUCCUGUCAUCACUGAAGACAAACAGUUUCAUCACAUUUCAAAGCAGGAGGAACCAAAAGCGUUGCCGCUGGUAAAACAGGAGAAAGUCGACAGAGACAACUGCAACCUGGAUCUUAAAGUAGAAGUUAACAUCCGUGCAGAUUGUGGCCUGUCUACAGCUCUGGAGGGCAGCGAGGAAAUGACCACCGGUGAGCUUCCUCUUGACAACAGUGCCACCAACACAGCCUCAUCCACCACCCAGUCCUCUUCAUCUCCCACUGACACGGCAGUGGGCCUGACCUGCAGGCCUCGAGCUAAACGCAAGGCCGCCAAAGUUCUGGCCAGCAGUUUAGCAGCCAGCAGUGGAGGACUCCCUGCAGUAGAGGUGGCACGCAGGGACCUUGUCGGAAGCUUGACAGAUGGCGGUCUGAAGCCAGAGAUCCAGCCAGAUGAUACUACUGAGGAUGAACAUCGUUCUUCACAGCUCUCAGCCCCUGUGGCCUCAGACGAACUUAGCCCUGACCGCCUCAACAGCUUGGGGAUCGACCUAGCCUGGAUGCAGGAGAGGGUCAGCCAUCUUGGUGCAGCAUUUGCAGUUGCACAGUUGGGUUUGGGGAACACAGAAUCCAACCACCCUUCGGGGUCUUUCCCUACACAAGGGGGAGGCGACAGCCUGGAUGGCCCUCCAACUAUGCUUUUCCCGGGUGGUGCUCAUGAAAUGGCUGCUUUUGCAGCUUCUUUUGACAUGGCUGCCGCAGCGGCUGCAGCUGCUGCUGUUGUAGCUGCACCGCCCCCUCCACCAACUGCUCCUUCCACCACCACAACCAGCCAACGACGGCCUUACCGGAGUGGCAGUGCUGCUGCCAAAGAGCCUGUGGUAUGCACAGUUUGCAGGCGCGUGUUCCCGAAUGCAGGCGCUCUAGAGCUGCACCAAAGGGUGCACACAGGGGAGAGACCGUACUCCUGCCCCCACUGCGGAAAGGGCUUUGCACAACCCAAUAAUCUGCGGGUGCACCUUCUUAUCCACACGGGGGAGCGACGCUACCGAUGUACACUGUGCGGGAAGAGUUUCAUCUCUUCAAGUCACCUGAAGAGGCAUCGCACAGUGCACACACAGGAGAAACCCUACAGCUGCUCACGCUGUGGACAGUCCUUUAGCCAAAUGUGUAGCGUUCGCAGACACCGGCAGCAGUCGCAGUGUGGCUUAUAGACUGACAAACACAGUGGAUGGUCUCACCAUCUUCAACACGUCCGUGUCAAGUCUGGACCAAAUAAACUGAUGUAUCAAAAUCCCUUUCAUGCAUUUUAUGUAUGCACGAACACAAGUUUUAUCUGAAAUGUAAAAAUGAGGGAAAAAUGGCUGUAGCCUGUGAUGUCAUGCUGUGUAGAGUUGAUAUUUGUCCUGCGUUAUAACAGACUUGUGUGCAUUCUACUUUACGUCCUCCUGACAAACUGAGUGCCUGAGACGGUGUUAGAAAUGGUGCAUGCUAACACUUAUUCCAUCCGUUUGUCACAGAAGGCCUUAUUUGUGACACUUUAAAAAACAUUUCCAAAUGUUUGAACAGUAAUUAUGAUGUCGGUCUCCCCCCCCGUUCUAACACUUGCAAUGCAAGAAACACAAAACGGACUUGAGCCCUAUUUUAAAAAGUCAAUGCACGCAAGUCUUCCUGUACUCUUGAAUCUGUGUUCUACUGUCAGUCUGCCUUAUUGUGCUGCGGUGGCCAAUGUCACAUUGUCAUUUCUGGUUUCUGUCUGUUUUCAAGGACUGCUGCAUUAUUAGAUAUAUUUUCACACAUAUUGAAAACACUGCUGUGUUGACAGAUAGAGAGACUUCCUGUGGAAUAUUGGUGAAAACAUUUACAUAUUUUGGAUUGAAUGCAGG